CCCCGCUCGCCCUCCGCCGGCCGGCUGGCGCGGCCAUGGAGGUCUACAUCCCGUCCUUUCGCUACGAGGAGAGCGACCUGGAGCGGGGAUACACGGUGUUUAAGAUAGAAGUACUAAUGAAUGGAAGAAAACAUUUUGUUGAAAAAAGGUACAGCGAAUUUCAUGCCUUGCACAAAAAGCUUAAGAAAUGUAUAAAAACUCCAGAAAUCCCUUCUAAACAUGUUAGGAACUGGGUCCCAAAAGUCUUGGAGCAACGACGACAAGGUUUGGAAACAUAUUUACAGGCUGUCAUUUUAGAAAAUGAAGAGCUCCCCAAGCUGUUCCUUGAUUUCCUAAAUGUGCGACACUUGCCCUCUCUACCAAAGGCAGAGAGUUGUGGAUCGUUUGAUGAGACAGAAUCUGAAGAAUCAAGCAAACUGUCCCACCAGCCGGUGCUACUGUUCCUCAGGGAUCCAUACGUCUUGCCUGCAGCCAGCGAUUUUCCAAAUGUGGUUAUUGAAGGAGUUCUCCACGGGAUAUUUUACCCUCAUCUGCAGCCCAGGUAGAAAUCCUACAUGGCUGGAAGGAGCUGAAGCAGGUCUCACGGAAAUCGAUACCUACCAAAUUAACCUAAACUCUAUGACAUAACAGCUCUAGCUAGUGGUAAAAUUCACAGUCCCAGCUUAAUUCAGGGCAGGGACAUUUCCAUUAGAAUGGUGCUUUUAAAAAUAGAAACUGAACCCCGGGCGGUGCUGAGGUUAAGGCCGAGCAUUUGAGAAGGAGAAGGUAGCUGCCAAUUUCGAACCUGGUGAGAAGGUUGUAGAAUGUCCCUGUGAGCACCGAGCAUAACAAAACGAAGGUACUCUCUGCUUUCGUUGCACCACUUCCUAACUGAACAUCUUAUCCUGAAACAUACAGAGACUCAUCUACUUUGGUAACUUUUUGUCGUUGUUGUUCAGAUGUCGUGACACACUAAUCUUUUCAUCGUGAGAUUUUCUCAGUCAGCGAUACGUGUAUUCUGAAGUGCCCGCACUAGGAGAGUAUCCCAGAAACAUGCUGUGCUAAAUGUGAGGAUGGAACUAAACUGGAAAUUAUAUUUCACUGUCAAUGUUAGGGCAUUUUUAAAAAACCACGUCAUUUCUAUUUACAUUGCAGUAGGGUUGCAUCUUACCUAGGAAUUAGCUUCUGGGGUCAGUACCUAAAAUAAAAUGGAACAUCGAGAUCAUCCUCGACUGCCCUUCAGAAAGGCGCCAUCAGUAAACUCUGUACAUCCAACACAUCCAGGUUUUCUGCCAAUGUUGGAAGAAAUGACUGUUUCUUCUGUUGAAGACCAAUGGGAGUUGGUGUUUGUUUGGGACACUUUUGUAUAAAACCACAUACCUUUCCACACUAGAAUCGUACUUAGCCCUGGAAGAUGCUUGCUUUCCGAGAGACAGAUGUGAACUGACUUGCCUGAGGAGACACCAGAGUGACAAGCCUCAUUUUGAUUUCCUCACGGUUCUUCAGCACUCAUCGAGGUUUACUCGUUCAUUAAAUGAGUAGAAUUGCCACCGGAUUAAUUGUUAUUUUCCUUAUCGUUUCCUUGUUACCUCCUCUAUGGAAUUUAUGUAAGUUAAAUGUGUGUAUCAUCUAACGCCACUCUACAUCUCACACAAGUUCGUAUUUUGAGGAGUACGAGGAUAAAAACAUAUAUGCAAACAAUGUAUGUGCUCUAUUCAGGCAUUUCAUUGAAAACUCAUAGCUAGCCUAUUUAUGGUUAUUAAUUUUACUAAGCUGCUUUGUGGGAGAAAAAUAUUUGGAUUCAAGACCAAUAACUGAAUCAUGGUUUUUGGUUAGGAUAUAUGUGUGUGUGUGUAUAUAUAUAUAUAUAUAUACACAUAUAUAUAUAUAACGUAUAUAUAUAUAUAUAUGUUUCAAGCCUGCUGCAGACUUUUAGAGAUACGUUUAUGAUAGCUAUGUGACUUCAUGCUGGAAACACGCAAGGACUAAAUAAUCAAGUGUCAAGAACCGAAAAUAACUGAAUGCUCAAGUGUUGGGAGAUAUUUUUUAAAUGUUUCAUUGUUAGCUAUUUUGAGUUAAAUAAAAACAGAGAUGAAGAAAUA